ACGGCGGCCGCGGGGGCGGGGCCAAGGCCUCUGGCGAGUCGGCGUCCGGCAGCUCCUCGCGGCUGACGGCUCCCUCUCCGCCAUGGCUCCCAAAGGCGGUUCCAAGCAGCAGUCGGAGGAGGACCUACUCCUGCAGGACUUUAGCCGCAACCUCUCGGCCAAGUCCUCCGCGCUCUUCUUCGGGAACGCAUUCAUCGUGUCUGCCAUCCCCAUCUGGUUAUAUUGGCGAAUAUGGCACAUGGAUCUUAUUCAGUCUGCUGUCUUAUAUAGUGUGAUGACCCUAGUAAGCACUUACUUGGUAGCCUUUGCCUACAAGAAUGUGAAAUUUGUUCUCAAGCACAAAGUAGCACAGAAGAGGGAGGAUGCUGUUUCCAAGGAAGUGACUCGAAAACUUUCUGAAGCUGAUAAUAGAAGGAUGUCUCGGAAAGAAAAAGAUGAAAGAAUCUUGUGGAAGAAGAAUGAAGUUGCUGAUUAUGAAGCUACAACAUUUUCCAUCUUUUACAACAACACUUUGUUCCUGGUCUUGGUCAUUGUUGCUUCCUUCUUCAUAUUGAAGAACUUCAAUCCCACAGUGAACUACAUUUUGUCCAUGAGUGCUUCAUCAGGACUCAUCGCCCUCCUGUCAACUGGCUCCAAGUAGACCAUGGUGCUUAGCGCCCUGCUCUGCAUUAUGGGUGGCCUGUGUGUGGAAAGGAGCAGGGUGGUCAGGCUGAAAGACACAGAUGUUUUUGUAGUCUGGGCUUGAGGGUUUAAAAAGAGGUAACAGUGUAAUUCAUUAUUUGUUUAUUGGCUCUUUUUGACAGACUGGUGAAGUUAAAUGAAUUGAAAGGGAAACUCAGAGUACCAGAACAUUUAUUAGAAGGCCAGAAGACUUGUAAUGUGCUGUAAUGACAAGUGGGGAAAAUAACUUGCUUCCUUGAUCUGUCAGAGGUCAUGGUAACCUGUGGGCUGAGCUGUUAUUAUUUAUAAUAGUAGCAAGAAGUUCAUAACUGGUUCUCCGUGUUCCAAGCAGAAUAUUACAACUUUUUUUGAACCAUAAAUAUCAGAAUGAAUCGUCUUCCCAGGGGAUGGAACAGAAGCCUCAUAUUUACAAGGCUCUGAAUUUGAUAGUUAAGCGCCCCCCCCCCCUUUGUUUUUUUAAAGAAGAAAGGCAGCCAAGGUAGUAAGUAACCUAAAAAUAGUGCACAGGGCUGUGAGGGCUGGCCUGUGGGGUUAAAGCACACACUGCUGAGCGGUAUGACGUUAGCCCUGGGUGGCCACGGAGGUCAACUUGACCCUGCCAUGUUGGUUUCAUAUGUUGUCAUUGGAAUCAUUGUUUUGCAUGACUGUGGUUUCACACCACUGGAAGAGUGUUAAGAGGGAGACCCUCUUCCCUGAGUAUUGACAUGUAAAAAAGCAAAAUGAUUUUUGUGACUUUAACUCUGGAAUUCUAAGAACUCAUCAGGAAUUUGCAGUGGUGUAAGUGCUUGUCAGCGUUUUUCUACGAGGACUUUCUUAAGUUUGACUUGUUAGUCUACAAGUUCCUGUCUAUUGUGAACAAAACAGUGAUCUCUUCAGCCCUAGAGGGUACAGCUGAGAGCAGUCUUGCAUUUUUCACCAGUGUGUAUACAGAUACUAUCACUUACUGCCUGUACCAUGAAUUGAAAAACUUUAAGCUCCUUUUUUGUACUCAUGGUACUGGUUUCAUAUUUCUGUAAGCUUUGGCAACGUUCAUUUAUUUCCUUCAAGUUGUACCUCAAGGGAAAUGUGUUGUUGAUCUUUAGUUUUCGCUUCUAAAUUCGAGGUGAACUUUGAAACUGAUAUUUAUGUAUAACUUUAACAUGAGCAUUUACUUCUGCGCUAGUAGAUGUGUUGGGGGGCUGCCUCCAAGAACUUCGGAAAGCAGGCGGGGCAGGAAUGCAUGUGCGUACCCGCCUACAUCGUCAGCGUCUGCAGCUGAGGUUUCAUUUUCAUCAUUCCUUCCAGAAGCUGGCAAGUCUUUACGUUUCUUUGCUGUAUUAUUACUCAACUGCCAUCAUUGGCUAAAAUGAAUGAAAAAGGAAGGAAGAGAUGGACUCCAAAGUACAGUUUGGUAACACAUAAAGAGGUUCAUUUCUGUUAUAUCUUUCACUUCUAUUUACUUGUGGUUUAAAAAAAUUUUAAGAAAUCAGUAGUCUGUCUGGUGCACAGAAUUUGUGUACCAGUACAUUUGUUUACUUGAUGAAAGGAUUCUUUGACAAAUCUUAAGUAUAACCAGAACUGGACCAAAUGUUUUAAAUUGCUGGUGAAAACUUGCCACUAGAGGGCAAUGCCUGUGUAGGUGGGGAAAAAAAUCGCCACCAUUCUUGGUACAAAAAAUUGAUAAAAUUUGUGGGAAAGUGAGUAAGCAAAAUUUGUUUUCUGGCCAGAAUAUUUCCUAUGGCACUUUUUAAAAAAAGAUCUUGAUACUGCUUUCUAACUUUCUGUACUGCUAGGUGCAUUUCUGUGUGUGUGAUUAUAUGGAUUAUAUGCUCAGAGUUGAACAGUUCGUACUAGGGUUUGUUGUACCAGUACUUUACCCUUAGAUAUGCAGACCUUUUCCCUCAGGUUCUCAUCAUCACAGAGAGCUGUGCAGUACAUCGAGUUACGAUGUGCUGAGUGGGACUUUGAUAGUGAAAACCUGCGGGAGAAUUUCCUUCUUAAAAAGACCCUGCACCCAACAGCAGUAAAAGAGAAGGUACUGUGCAGCAGUUGGGAUUGAAAAGGAUUGCGCUCCUGUGUCCACACUCUUGAUGCACAGAAACUCCGUGGUCGGCAUAUUCGUGUGUGGGUUUUCAUUUCUUCAUUCACAGCUUAAUAAAAACUUGAAUUGAAAUGCAGGUUGUCCUAUUUGGUGUGUUAUUGUGAUUUGGAAAUAAUUUGAAACAAGUGUUAACAAAUAAUUUGAAACAAUAUUAGCAAAUAUUAUUAAUCUCAGUAAUUUGAGAUUAACUGAAAUAUGGAGCUUGAAUGUCUACAAAUAAUUUUUCAGAAAAGUCUUAAGAUGUGUGAUUAAACUUUGCUUUUUAAAAUUUGUGUUUUCUUAUACUUCUUUAUGAGAGCCAUGUGAGUGUGUAUUUUUAUUACAUUGUUUAUCAUUAAAUGUUAUUUUAAUUUCCCA